AUGAAAGCUCUUCCAUUGCCACACGAAAUAGUCCACGUCACUGUAGCUCCGGGGACACGUUUCACUGUCCUAUGAGUACACCUCGCUUGGCGUAACACAUAGGUAACUAGGAGUCGUCACAGUGUAGUAGGAAUAGCACAAUGCGACUCUGCAAUUCCACCGUCACGGUGUUGAAAUAAUCGUGCCCUAACACCGUAUCGGUGUGACAAACCCACCUGGUUUCAGCAUGCAUUAAUGUUUCCCACCCUUCAGCCAUCCCGAGCCUUAUACCUACAUAUUUCUUCUUUUUAUUUCGGAGCCUUCUGAGAAAGGCAGUUCAGAAAGCAAUGUUCUGCUAUCUCAUUUGGAGUGAGAGCCCCCUGAAGAGACAUACACUGAGCAUUACCGGUAACACAUGACUCAAUGCCCUCUAGAUCUCUUCAUAAAAGGAGAGGGGAGAAAAGCCGAAGAGCCAUUGCACAGAUUUCAAUAACAUUGCAAAAGAAAAGUGGCCCAGGAGGACAACGGCGGGUGUUCCCGUGCCCUUGCCAGAGGACAGUCAGAGCUGGGUGCGGUCACAGGCGAUGUCUGAACCUCCUGCGAAUCAGGCAGCUUUGUUUCUAUGUAUUUCUCCUCAAAAUUUCCAAGCACAGUUCCCUCCGGUGAUACCAACUAUGGGUAUCCAUGUUUCUGAGCGGUCGUUAGCAUUUUAAGCAGCAGAUCAUUUAGCUGUGUAGACGCAGAGAAAAGUUUCUGGUAUUGCAGCACUGCCAGGCCCCUGGUCCCAGCUGGAAUCUAGAAACGCAGCAGCAAAUUUGCUGCUUUUUUGAGCUUCUGAAGGCCUCAGGUCAGUUUUGGGGUGAAGGGUGGGUGAACGUGUGCAUCACUUCUCGUUUCAUCUGCGCAGAGCCACUUCUCUGCAGCGGGGGAGUUAUGUCCCUGGAAGAGGGGGCAGCCAGAUGUUCUCAGCAUCACCCGGCUGAUUUUGAGCUUGGGAGCGGGCUUGAAAGUGGCUGAAGAACCAUGCAUAAACAUGACAUUGCUUCACCAGGAGCUUUCCAUCACAGCGGAAACGAUGCUUCCCCCAGCAUCGUUAUGACAGCGCUAUCUGUGCUGGUAUUUUGUGACGUUAAUACAGUCGUACGAGCCACGGAGGUGCUGGACUGGGAAGACAAGGAUGCUGCAGAGACACUGGUCGACAACGUGGUCCAUUCCAGGAUCAUCAAUCCUUUACGCCUGUUUGUUAAGCCAUCGCCAGUACUGAAACACGGCCAGGUGUCCUACUCGGACAGCAUAGAAAACUUUUGGGAUUGGUUGUCCAACAUCACGGAGGUUCAGGAAUCUCUCGCACGAACUAAACGCAGACCGAUAGUAAAAACUGGGAAAUUCAAGAAAAUGUUUGGAUGGGGCGACUUCCACUCUAACAUCAAAACUGUUAAGCUGAACCUCCUGAUCACAGGGAAAAUCGUCGAUCAUGGCAAUGGGACCUUCAGUGUUUAUUUCCGACACAACUCCACAGGUCUGGGAAAUGUUUCUGUGAGCCUGGUGCCACCUUCCAAGGUGGUUGAGUUUGAAUCAUCUCCGCAGUCAACACUGGAGACCAAGGAAUCCAAGUCCUUCAAUUGCCGAAUUGAGUACGAAAAAACAGACCGCGCUAAAAAAACUGCCUUGUGCAAUUUCGACCCUUCAAAGAUCUGCUACCAAGAGCAGACUCAAAGCCAUGUCUCCUGGUUGUGUUCCAAGCCAUUUAAAGUUAUCUGCAUUUACAUUGCUUUUUACAGUGUAGAUUACAAACUGGUGCAAAAGGUCUGUCCUGAUUACAACUACCAUAGCGAGACUCCCUACUUGUCCUCUGGCUGAUACAAUCGUGGGUAACUGUAGAGAUACAGCAUCAGUCAUAAAAAUAAGCAUUUCCAUUAACCUUUUGGAGAAGAAUAUGUUUUCCUAUCAGGUUAAAAAGUCUUUAAAAAACUGUAGCUGUGUUUGUGCUGUAUCGUAAAUAAUCAAACUAUUUAUGUAACAAUCAUUUUCAUUUGAGACCUCUGCAUUUUAGCGCUCUCAUCGUUAAUAAGGGAACUACCAGGCAGACACGUGGCAAAAAUCAAACAAAAUUACGUCUGUCGUGAACAUAAAUUUUGAAAACCAGGUUUUUUUAAACUAGAUUCUGUGGCAGAGAGGUUGUCUUUUACUUGAAUUGGGCAGCACUUAGCAGGACCCUAUUUCUCAUUGGGAACUUUAGAAGAUGACGAUAUAAAGAACAAACGAUGAAGCAGACUCCCAGCAAAAUAUACAAAAAUAUAUAAAAUCCAAAUAAAAAGCUCUCCCACUAAUUUCAUAAAGAACGUUACACACACAGGGCUCAAGGAAUCAAGACCAAACACUAAGAGAAAAUGCUAUUUAUAGGACAAGACAAAAAAAAAAAGGAAAGGAGUCCGUAUUUCUAUGAGUUGUAGUCGUCGUAUGUAUUCAUUGAAGUGAAGAGUGAGUAGUUCUUCCUUCAGACGUCUUACCCAUGGAUAUGCAAUGAUGUAAUUAGACAUUGAUGAGCUUUAGUUUAUUAGACCCACCAGGUGUGCAGGUUUGGUGUACAUUUCUUCCUUCCAUGGUCACCACUGGUUUUGAUUCUUCUCAAAUGUUUACCUAUAUGCCCAUACUAGUUUUACAGUGAUAGAAAAUAUACGUACCUUGGAAAAAGAUAAUCUCUGUUUAAGUCUGGUAAGAGGGGCUGGCUUCCGCUGAACAGAAGUGGUUAUCUUGCUAUCUAACCCUCUUAGCACUGUACUGCAGCAAGGAAAACACAUGGCAGCACAAAGACGAUACCUGAACGCCACGAGCUUUCUGCUUGACGGCACCCACUUGUCGUCCUUAGCAUUGCAUUGCAUACCUUAAUUCAAAGCAUAAGCAAUGACAAAUAAAGACGAGAACAAAAAUCUGUGCAUCUUCCCCUCAUAAAGCAGAUUUCAAGCAAUUGCUACCAAUAUUCAAACUAUUCAGCCAGCCAGGCUUUCCCCAGGUGCGGAAUAGCAUCCCUCCUACGCCGUGGGUAGCUGCAGGAGCGGAGGGUCCGGCUGUGGUUUCCCCGCGGGCUCUGGCGAUGCAGCUUCAGGCAUCAACCCCCCGCGUGCUCGCUGGGUGUCGAUUUUGCUGCUGCCCGUUUGCUGCCGUAGUCCUUCCCGAGGGCUCCACGUCACAGGUCCCGUGGAAGCAGCUGGCUGAGGGAGCGCUUUUUAUUGCCUACAACCCAACUUACACGCAGGGUCCAAGAAGUUACCCACAGCCUAAGCAAGGUACCAUGACCGUGCUCUGUUCCAGUGGUGCGCGCCCAGCCAAAUGGCUGUGGCAGCUCAGAAAGACUCGCUCGUGAGAUUAAUCCUGAUUUCCUUGGUGAAGUCUCAUCCAAAAAAAUUACUCUGUUAAAAAUAUACUACAAGUAACUGGCUAAUUUGUUUUUCUCUUUAGCUGACAAAUUUAAAUGUGUGGUUUAGUUUGAUCAAUAAUCUAAAUGUUUUCCUUUGGCUUAUUUCAUACAGAGUCUCUCCUGGUCUAAAUGAUGUUUUUUUAGUUUGUCUAUUACUGUUGAUUCCUACAAGAUGGUCUACUUUGUAUUCUGUAUAGCGUGUCCUCGUUCUGGCUGUACAUAAGCUUGGAUUUAUUGCUAGGAGUUUGGUGGUUGGUGCUUUUGUAACUUAGCUGUAAGCCAUGAUUUUAUUGCCAUGUUAUUUUUACUCAGCACUGUAGGCAAUUAAAAGAAAACCCUACAUGCUAUUUAUUGUAGAGUAU